AUGGUAAUAUCGGUUUGUCGCUUUGUCUUUGUUUCCCAGGCAAACGAAGAGAAGGAAUCGGCGGUGUCUACGCAACUGCCGCGUCCACCGCGGCUGACACCCAGCAGCGCUCAGCGCAACUAUGCGGACACCGUGCGGUUACUAUACAGCGCGAGGGACGCCAAAAUCAGGGAACCCAGGCUGAGUCCGACGCUAUCACAAGAGCUGGAAGACGUUCGUAGCGCCAACGAGCAUUUCCUGCGCAUCCGGACCACAGCCCGUUGCAGGGUGCCUCGAACGCGCGUGGUGCACGUGAAGGAGUUUUAUUCCGACCCGAGCAAGGAGUACCUGCCACGCUGCACGGUGCUUCACCGGUGCGGCGACGACUCCGGCUGCUGCGACAACGAGCAGUACGAGUGCGUCCCCAGGACCAUGCAGGAGGUGACGCUACACUUCUACACGAUCCACCUGCAGAACCAGAACGGCGAAGUGGGCCUCCGCAACUCCGUGACCAAGCUCCUGUUCACGAACCACACGGAGUGCGAGUGUCAGCCCAUCAACGACAUCCCCAGGACGGCCCCGAGGCCACCCAAGUUCGCUGCCUCCUCCAGGGACCCCAGCAACAGACUGCCCGUCUCGCUGCCCAUCCACCCUCCGUCGUCCGACGACUCCGAGCUCGUCUCGGGAUCUGGCAUGCACGAAGAAAUCCCCGGUGCACCGCUCAAGUGCCACAACUGUCCGGAGCCGUUCACCAGGCGGAGCUACGACGACGGACGAUGCAGCUGCGACUGCUUCGAGAAGCAGAAGCCCUGCCUCAAGAUCAAGCGAGGACGGGACGCCCUGGGAGACCUCCAAAGAAGGUGCGUGGAGACGCAAGAGUGUCAUGUGCCAGAGUGCGAGUACGGGCUCUACGAUGUCGAAACUGGCCGCUGUCCAAAGAGACCCGACUAUUGGCCCAAACACGCGGAGCAGAGGAAGGUGCAUCCCCACAGCCAUCGGUGGCAGUUCUUCGAGCGCGACUGAACAAAGGGCUCACCGUCGCCCAAUGCCCAGCCAGAAACUCGACAUCAACGAAGCCAGGGCAUUCCACUCUGACCAAACCUUUCGUGUUCAUCAUCCCAACUGCACUCUUCCACCAAACUGGAGCGUCCACAAGUUCAGGACAGCCGGAACCUUCACAUGUCCAUGGAUAUACCGACAGCGUCCGCAACUCUAUCGACAGUCGGGGCCUCCACAUGUUGUUAGACACUCCGCAAGUCUGUGAACAGUCCGGACUUACUUGUGUCUAUAGACUGCCUUAACCUCCACAAGUCCAUGGGGAGCCAGAGGAUAUACACAAGUCUAUGGACAGUCAAACAUCCAUAAGCUCAUAGAAAGCCAUAGCUUCCACCAGUCCAGGACAGCCGGAACCUUCGCAUGUCCAUGGGCAGUCACAGCUUCCGCAAGUCUAUGGGCAGUCGGGACCUCUAUACGUCCAUAGGCUGCCUUAACCUCCAUAAGUCCACGGACAGCCAGAGUGCAUAUACAAGUCUACGGGCAGUCAAGCAUCCAUGCGUCCAUGGACAGCCAUAUAGCUUCCACCAAUCUAGAAGAGCCAGAACGUCCGCUUGUGAAAGUCGGGGGUGCUGUUCGCGUCUUUAGUGCGUGCGUGUUUCUUUGAUGUGCUUUAUUUUAUUUUUUUUCGUGUGUGACAGUUAUGUUAUUUAAAAAAAAAGAUACGUGCUUCGAAGAUGGACUGUUGCUGCACUGACUUUGUCCUGGAGCGUAACCUUAAAAAGAUUCUGCUCGUGUGCGUGUGAAUGUGCGCGUGAGGCUUCAUCGAUGAAGUACUGUUGGACCGCGGAGGACACAGAUUUGGAACUGUACGUCUUGCGUUGGCAUGUUCUUAUACGAUGACAUUUUCGCUUCACUCUGCCACUUACGUCUUGAUUUAUGUUUGCGUUCUAGCACAUGUUAUAUCUUGUCGCUUUGUUUUUUUUUAUUUACUGUCGGACUGAGAGCUCGACCUUUUUCAAUAUUCUGUUCUUCAGUUCCAUUUUAGACUCUCCAUCCUCUCAAGUUCGUCACUAUGUUGCGCAGGAGGCAAGUGAACAGCGUCCUGUUAGUUGCCCAGUCCAUAUCAUUUUGAUGCCCUGUACCUCACCAUUUCAUGCAUCGCUUUAUGCCUCAAUUCUUGAGAUUACCUGGGGCUACCUCCCUCCCACGGCAGUCUUAAUGCGCAGGUAAAAAUACCCCCUUCUCCAGCCAAACGCGUAUUGUACGUUGUUCACUUAAGCUGAUCAAGCUACUUCUGGUAAGCGAGCUUCGUCACCACUGCCAACUAGACGUAGCACCGAAGAACGCAUAAAUACAGUGUCCUAUGUAUACAUUACAUUAGAUGAUGAUGAUGAUAAUGGCGACUUGCCUUCGUCUAAGUCACCAUUAUCCGUUUAUGGCGGCCAGCUGUCUAUUCUCUCGAUAGAACAGAAAGGAGCAUUGACAGGCUGUGAGAAAAGUCUAGUACUAGUUAUAGGAAACAGCCGUUGACGUUUCGUCGCUUUUCCUCGACGCUUCGCGAGCCAGACUAGAACUGCCUUCGCGGCUCAUGGCUUAACUUCGGGACUUUUCCUGCGUAGAAGAUUUGUAUGUUGUAAGUCUAGUGUUAGACGUACAAGCAGCGACUAUUUAUAGUGUACUUUUACAAGUUUUCUUGGCGUCCCUGGCUGCGCCUUCCCCCCUCCCCGGUCAUCACCAGUGGAUUCACGCAGCUUGCGUCAGCAUCGCCGCCAGCGCGUCUUGCAGCGUGUCACGAGUGCGACGCUGGCAGGCGACGAUGUCAAGAAGACGAGUGUGCGUGCGUGUGCCACUUUGCGGCGACUCACGUCAAGUUUCAGCGUGCCUGCCAGUCGGGGAUCCACAAUCGACCCAUUUCAAAAUUUCGAAAUGAUGCCCAGAAUAUUAAGUGCGGCCACCAUUAGUUGGUCACGCACUGUGAGCCCGCAUUGGACGCGAGCGCUUCGUCAGCGUUCGGGGUGCACUCGGAUCGAAACGCGCCCCACACGAGUGACGCGUCAGUACACGGCGCGAAGUCGGAGCCAAUCAUGGCGGCUGCGCAUAAUCUAUGCAUCAUUUCGCACUUUCGGAAAGGGUCCCUAUUACGUCGUGCUCAGGCCUUGUCUCUGGGUGGUAUUGGCUGUAUAGAGUAGAUGGGACGCAGUGAUCUGUCAUGCGCGCCAUUUGUCUCCUUGAAAUGUAAUUUUUCGGUGUGCGAUUCGGAAAAGCAUCUGCUGAAGUGUAACGUCCCAUCUCAGUUUGAUGUCAGCUUUUUUUUUUUGCCCGAGUGAGCAGCUUUUAAUUCAUUACAAAAUAUACGGGUGGAUAUACGUUAUCACGUUCUGUAGCUUGAAAGAAACAUCCGGCAAGCUUGACUCAUAUUUGCUUUGUGCGUUCGUUGUUUUCGUAUCAGUAUCUUUUUUUUUUUGUUUUUUGUUUUUUUUUUUGUUUCGUGAACAGUGCUCGACAAGAAAACAUCCGUGUCUUGUGUUGUUGUUUUUUUUUUUUCCUAAAAAAAGUUGUCUCUGAGCCGCUAUUGACGCAUUUGGUGUGCGAUGUCAUCAUGCAAGAUGUAGAAGAGGAGCUGCGUCUUGAAUAAAAUAUUUAAAGCCGUC